AUGCCCCACCGACAUACCGACAAUAGAAUGCGGACAUACGCUGCUUAUCACGGCCUCUUGGGUGUCGGUGAGAAUGCACAAACUGCUCCCCGCCGCGAUGUGGCUUCCGCGCUCCCUGCAAUAAACGAGGGGAGUACUGGAACGCGUUCAUCUGGCUCAUCAGUCGAGUUUGCUGCGGGGAAGAUGGAUUUUGACGACGAUGAGCGUGCGCGGCUGCGUAGCCAUCGUCACCAACAAAAGAAGUUGGAGCUUGCGGUCCAAGACGGCCGUUCGUCAGCACCAUCAGAAUUCCUACACUCCAACUUCACCCAAUGUAGACGAUGCAACCUGUGGAUUAAUGCCAGGGAUCAAGCGUUGCAUCGUAAAGGCUGCCCAACAUUGGGCACAUCGCCUGUCAACGUCUCUCGGGAUGCGGAUUAUCAACAUCCCAUUACUUCGAACCCUUCCUCCCCACUUUCCUCCGACCCAUACGCAUUGCGAGGCCGCGCAGGAUACCCCGGCCCUUCGCCUCCUCCUCCUCAGCGCCUAUCCCAAUCAGUGCCUCGCACGCCCAGCAUCGCAAUUCCCGGCAUGCUUGGAGGAAGUAGCCACGAAUUCCACCCCUUCCACGAUGCAUCUCCCAUUGUUUCUCACCCUGCACCUCCCUAUACCGGGACUUUGCCCCCACCGUAUACGUCAUACAUCCAGAAUGCGUACAACCCCUACCCUGGUAUUCCGCCGCCCGGAAACCCUCCGGCCACUGCUAUCCCUAUCUAUGGAUCGGGCACUUCUCAUGACCAUCAUCGGCACCGCAGCUCGCGGUCGAACCAUCAGUUUUCCACCGCGCAUUCUUUCACGCAUCUAGAGAACGACCCGUACCGUUCUAGAAGCUACGGGCAUCAUUUUUAA